CCAUCUCCUCCUCUCCAACUUCCCGGUCCCCUCCCCACUCCUCCCCCCCAUGUCUCUCCUCCGCCUCCCCCGCGCCGCCCCGGCCCUCCGUCGGUCGUACGCUACCGCCGCCGCCUCGGUCGCAGAGGCCUCGGGCGUCAAGGUCGCCGGCAUCGAAAACGGCUCGCGCUCCGGCACCACCACCGUCACGGUCGCUGUCAAGGCCGGUGCCCGCUACGAGACCACCCCCGGUGUCGCCCACGUCCUCAAGAACUUUGCCUUCAAGUCGACUGCCUCCGGCUCGGCCCUCCGCACUGCCCGCGAGACUGAGCUCUACGGUGGUCUCCUCUCGGCCGGUCUCUCGCGCGAGCACCUCUUCCUCACCGCCGAGUUCCUUCGUGGCGACGAGGCCCACUUCCUUUCCCUCCUUGCCUCGGUCCUCUCCUCGACCCAGUUCCUCGCCCACGAGUACUCGGAGCUCGUCCUCCCCACCGUCCAGGGUGACGCUCUUGCCGCUGCCGCCGACCCCGUGACCGCUGCCCUCGACGCUGCCCACGCCGUUGCCUUCCGCCGCGGUCUCGGCAACUCGCUCUUCGCUGCCGAGCACACCCCCGUCUCGCUUGACGCCGUCAAGUCGUACGCCCAGGCCGCGUUCGCCAAGUCGAACAUUGCCGUCCUCGGCCAGGGUAUCUCGACCGAGGCCCUUGCUGCCGCUGUCGAGUCGGCCUUUGGCGCCGGCUCGCCCUCGGCUGCCUCGUCGCUCUCCACCACUGCCUCGACCUACUACGGUGGUGAGGCCCGUCUCCCCCUCGACACCCACGCCAACCCCGCCGCCCAGCCCACCCUCGUGAUCGCUUACGGCCAGGCUGGCGCUGCCACCCCCGAGCUCCAGGUCCUCGCCAACGUCCUCGGCGGCGAGUCGGCCCUCAAGUGGGCUCCCGGUCAGACCCUCCUCUCCCUCGCUGCCUCGAAGACCCCCGGUGCUUCGGCCCGUGCCGUCCUCACCCCCUACUCUGACGCCUCGCUCCUCAGCGUCGUCGUCCAGGCCCCUACCAACGAGGCCGUCCGCGCCGUUGCUACCGACGUUGCCGCCGCCAUCAAGGCCGCUGCCUCGGGUGUCAAGGAGGAGCAGCUCAAGAGCGCCGUUGCCAAGGCCAAGUUCACCCAGGCCACCGCCCUCGAGACCACUGGCUCGCUUGUUGCCGCCGCCACCCCCGCCCUCUUCGCCGGCUCGAUCCCCGCCUCCAACGCCUCGUUCAGCGCUCUUGACGGUGUUUCCUCCUCGGCUGUCUCCAAGGCCGCCCAGGCCCUGUUCUCGGCCAAGCCAACAGUUGUCGCUGCCGGCAACACCCACGUCCUCCCCUACGCCGACGAGCUCGGCCUGUAAGGAAAAAAGCCGGAAAGAUGCGAGUAGAUAGAGACCAAAUAGGUUUUUUUUAGCAAACCGCCCACACAUCUCCGGUCAUGCACCAGAUUGGAAUGGAUAUAGUGCGAGAAGGGGCAGGGGGUAGGAGGAGGCUAUCAGCGUGAUGAUG